AUGGACUCAGAUGUCAUGUCAGAUCCCGCUUUCAGCCUAGGCGAGGAAUCUGACGGCUAUGUUCCUCAGAAGUCAAAGCCCAAGGCGGCGGCAAAACCGCCCGCGAAGGCCACGGGCAAGAAACUGACACAAACUACCUUGAAGACAACGAAGGCACCAGCAAAAAGACCGAAACCAGACAGCGACGAUGAAGAUUCCUUGGGAGGCAGUUCGUCAGGCUUUUCGCAUACCCCGCCGAGUUCCAAAAAGCAGAAGAAGGCGCCGCCGCCAAAGAAAUCUGGCGGUGUCCCUCUUGCAGAGGUUGAGAACGAUAGUGUGCUCAUUGAUGUUCCACCAACCAAACCGACAUCAAAGUCGUCAAAAACCGCCACUGAGAUGUAUCAAAAGCUCACACAACUUGAACACAUCAUCAAGCGACCUGACACGUAUAUCGGAUCUGUCGAGAAGACGGACCAGCAGAUGUGGGUGUACAACAAGGAAACAUCACAGAUGGUGUACAAGAACAUAAGCUUCGUCCCAGGUUUCUACAAAAUCUUUGAUGAAAUCAUGGUCAACGCGGCCGACAACUCGCAGCGUGAGGGUAGUGGGAUGACCUACAUGAAAGUCAACAUAAAUCGAGCAACUGGAGAGAUUAGUGUUGAAAACAACGGCAAAGGCAUCCCAAUCGUAAUUCAUGAAAAGGAGAAGAUCUACAUCCCCGAAAUGAUUUUCGGACACCUCUUGGCAGGUUCCAAUUUCGACGAUAAUGAGAAAAAGACUGUUGGUGGACGCAACGGUUAUGGUGCUAAGCUUUGUAACGUAUUCAGCCAGGAAUUCACUGUGGAGUGUCAAGAUUCUGGUAAUGGCAAGAGAUAUAAACAGACAUGGACGGACAACAUGCAGAAGAUGCAAAAGGCAAAGAUCACCUCAAACAAAUCUGCAGACUUUGUCCGCAUUACCUUCAAACCGGACUACGAUCGGUUCGGAAUGCCAGAAGGCAUUGAUGAUGACCUAGAAGCUCUCCUCUACCGUCGAGUGUACGACAUGGCGGGAACGGUCCAUGGUGUCAAGGUAUACUUGAAUGGUGAGCAAAUCAAGCUCAAGGAUUUCAAAGCGUAUUGUGAUCUCUACGCAAAGUCUAUCGCCGCCGAGAGAACCGCAGAAGAAGGUGGCACUCCCACCUGCACCGUUGAGAUCGACAAGGACAAGUCCCAUCCUCGGUGGGAGGUUGCUUUCACAGUGUCUGAUGGAACCUUUCAACAAGUAUCAUUCGUCAACUCUAUCGCGACGACCACGGGAGGUACUCAUGUCAACUACAUUGCUGACCAAAUCACGGGGUCGCUCUUAAAGGCGCUUGAUAAAAAGAAGAAAGGCCAUAGCCUUAAGCAAAGUCAUCUUCGAAACCACAUUUUUAUUUUCAUUAACUGCUUUAUCGAGAAUCCGGCUUUCAACUCUCAGACAAAAGAGCAGAUGACAACCAAAGUGAGCCAGUUUGGUAGCAAAUGCGUUCUCGGUGACAAUUUCCUAAAAGCGAUCGCGAAAUCAGAUGCUAUCGAGAACAUCAUGGAUUUUGCUCAAAAGAAAGCUGACAAGAUGCUGUCCAAAAGCGAUGGAAGCAAGAGAGCAAGAGUUAGCAAUGCAAAGCUCGUUGAAGCUAACUUGGCAGGCACCCGGCGCGGCCAUGAGUGCACCCUUAUUCUCACCGAGGGUGAUUCUGCCAAGGGCCUUGCUGUCUCUGGAAGAGCUAUUCUCGACCCUGACAAAAUUGGUGUUUUCCCCCUUCGAGGUAAACUACUUAAUGUUCGAGACGCUUCACUCGAUCAAAUCACCAAGAACCAAGAAAUUCAGAAUAUCAAGCAAUUCCUGGGCUUAAAACAUAAACAAGUAUACACGGACACAAAGAGUCUUCGUUAUGGUCAUCUUAUGAUCAUGACUGAUCAGGAUCAUGACGGUAGUCACAUUAAGGGCCUCCUUAUUAACUUUCUUCAAGUUCAGUUCCCCUCAUUACUGAAAAUCCCCCAGUUCCUGCAAGAAUUCAUCACGCCCAUUGUCAAGGUCUGGCAAGGACCCGACCCGAAAAAGCCCCUGAGACUCAAAUCCUUCUUCACUCAACCACAAUACGACGAAUGGAAGGAGUCGCACAAGGCAGAGUUGUCGAGAUGGCAGUCCAAGUACUUCAAGGGAUUGGGAACAAGUUCCAAUGAAGAUGCCCAAGUGUACUUCACCAACCUUGAUAAUCAUUUGAAAGAGUUCGAGGUCAUGAAGUCGGAAGAAGCUGAACUUUUUGACCUUGUCUUCUCAAAAAAGAAGGCAGAUGCUCGAAAAGAAUGGCUUGGCAAUUUCAUCCCGGGCACUUUCUUAGAUCACUCUAUGAAAGAAAUCACUUACACAGACUUUGUUAGCAAGGAACUUAUUCUAUUCAGCAUGGCUGAUAACUUGCGUUCAAUACCAUCCGUAAUUGAUGGUUUAAAACCCGGACAACGAAAGGUUUUAUACGCGUGUUUUAAACGAAACCUGACCAAGGAUAAGAAGGUUGUGGAACUUGCUGGUUAUGUCUCUGAGCACACGGCGUACCACCAUGGUGAAGCUUCCUUGCAACAGACUAUCAUUGGUUUGGCGCAGAACUUUGUCGGCUCCAAUAAUAUCAACAUCCUGGAACCUAGCGGUAACUUUGGUUCUCGUCUUGCUGGUGGCUCCGAUGCUGCCAGUCCCCGUUACACCUUUACGCGAUUAGCUCCAUUUGCAAAGAAGAUCUUUUCUCCGCUGGACGAAGCCUGUUUAAAGCAUCAGUAUGAAGACGGCAAGCGUAUUGAACCCGAGGUUUAUUCACCUAUUCUGCCCAUGGUUCUUGUCAAUGGCGCUGACGGUAUUGGAACUGGAUGGAGCACAACAAUCCCAAACUACCAUCCAGCAGAUAUUGUAAAGAACUUAAAGCGCCGUAUGGGUCGUUUAGAUGAAGAUGGUGCUGAGGAGAAGCCUUUCGAGACAAUGACUCCCUGGUUUCGAGGUUGGAAGGGCAAUCCCGAAGCAGCUGGUCCUGAUAGGUAUAAGUUCAACGGUAUCGCCUCCCAAAAUGACCAGAACCCCAAUGAAAUACUCAUUACGGAAUUGCCAAUUCGCAUGUGGACAGACGACUUCAAAGCAAAGCUUGAAAAAGUUAUCAGCGGUAACGAUGGUCCUACAUGGAUCAAGGACUACAAGGAGUUUAACGACCACAAGACCGUUCACUUUGAGAUUAUGGUGGACGAGAAGCACUUGCCCAAGAUUCUUGAAGAGGGAUUGCUUGAGCGGUUCAAGCUCACUAAGCAAGUUGCUACCUCAAACUUGGUUGCUUUUGAUACGAGGGGUCAAAUCCGAAAGUAUGAAAAAGUUGAGGACAUUUUGGAAGAAUACUACGUCCACAGACUUCAGAUGUACCAUGACCGAAAGCAAUACUGGCUUCAAGUCUAUGACAACGACCUCGAAAAACUGAAAAAUCAGUAUCGGUUUAUCAAAGAAAUUAUUGAUGGGGAGCUGAUUGUGGGUAGGAAGAAGAAGGCCGUGCUUGUAUCAGAGCUUCGUGAUUGCAAAUAUAAAGCCUUUCCGCCCGGAGGCCAGAAACAAAAGACAGCGGACGAUGAACCGGACGAGUCUGACAAUGAAGAUGACGACGACGAUGACAAGGCCACAGCGGCUGGUGCUCAUGACUAUGAUUAUCUCCUCUCGAUGCCAAUUUGGUCGCUUACUCAGGAACGACUUGACAAGCUAAAGGAUGCUAUCAACAAAAAGAAGGACGAUAUCGAGGGUCUAUCCGCCAAGAGUGAAAAGGACCUUUGGUCUGCAGAUCUAGAUGAUUUCAUGACUGAGUGGGACGCUCAAGUUGCUCUCGAGCAAGAACUUCAGACCAAGAUCCGCCGUAUGGGGCGACGUGAGUCCAAGAAGAUUGGUGCAGGCCGCAACCGCAAGGGCAAGGGUGACGACGACUACGAGCCGGAAAAGAAAUCCAAGGGCAAGGGCAAGGGCAAGGCAGCGGCGGCAAAGGCAGCACCAAAAGUUAAGACCGAGACCAAGAGCGCUCAACGAUUCGCUGACAUGUUCGGCACAAAGACGAAGAAGGAACCAAAGGAUGAUGUAGUAGACUUGUCUGAUAAUUUCUCCGACGAUGACUUUGCAGCCCUUAGCAGAAACAAGCCUUCGUCUGCAAGGGUGACAGAGUUGUCCCAAUCUGCUUCACAGUCACAAGCCGAAGAACCAGAAGUUCCCCGGCCUACCAAGAGGGCAGCCGCUUCUAAAGCGAAGACGUUGUUCGAAGUCUCUUCUGACAGUGAGGUAGAAGAUGUUGAAAUGAUUGGGGAUAUUGGAUCUAUGGUAAAGGGAAUCGGCAAGCCUGCUGGCGACAAGAGCGGACGACUAAGCUUAUAUGCCAUGAAUCGACCAGAAUCCAGCCAAGGCAAUAGUGGCUCCAGCAGUCUACAGAAACUGAAAACAAAAGCAUCCAAGUCCUCGAUGGAUAUUGACAGCCACGAUGAGACCAACUACGAGAUGCUAGCAAAGUCAUCCCCUCACAAGAUCAAAGAUGAGGAGGAUGCAGCUCAAGACUCGGACGAUGAGCUGGCAGUAACUGCGGCCUCUUCAACUACUGACACUGGCUUGGCUGCGGUCAAGAAGGCUCGCGCUAAGCCCGCAACUUCCAAGGCCAAGGCCAAACCGGAGACAAAGCCCAGGGCGAAAGCUGCACCGAAAGCCACGACGCUGUCACCUGCAGCCAAGGCUUAUGCGGCUAAGAAGAAAACCAUUGGUGUCAAGAAGAUUGCCCUAGAGGACUCGGAGGACGAGGUGGAUGAGCCCCCAUCACCCGUGUCGAAACCCAAACCCGCAGCUCGUGGUCGGCCUGGUCGGGCUGCCGCGGCCAAACGACCAGUCAUUGUGGAUGAGGACUCAUCGUUGAUGCAAGAUGAGAGUGACGAUCCGUUUGAGAUGGAUGACGACUGA